AUGAGUGAGGCGAUAGAGGCAUUUGAUUUAUUCGACAGAGAUGACAGUCAUGGGUUAGAUAUAGAUCAAUUAGCACGAGUUUUUCGUGCAGUAGGUCAGAAUCCUUCCGAUGCUGAACUAAGAGAAAUAAUGAAAAAGCACGACCUUGACGGUAAUGGGGUAUUGGACCAGGACGAGUUUCAGAAGAUGAUUGUGUCCUACAUGAAGCCGAUGUGGCAGGUUCAGGAAGAGCUUAAAGACGCAUUCAGAAUAUUUGACAAGGAUGGUAACGGUCAAAUUGAUAAAACAGAGUUGGAACACGUUUUGAAGAAGUACGGGGAACCUCUGACACAUCGCCAAUCAAAAGAAUUAAUCGCUUUAAUGGACAAGAACGGUGAUGGCCAAGUCGAUAUGGACGACUUCGUUAAAUUUUUAUGUGAAGUGGACCAACCAGAUUUCUUCAGGACGCAUUAUCCAAAUAACGCCCGCCGGAAAAGUCAAGCUGGACUUCCAACAACCCAUUGAAACCGCCCGC